AUGAGCGGCCUACUGCUGCUGCGCCCGUUCCUCUCCAGCGUCUCGGGCGCGUCCGCGUCGGCGGCGGACGAGCUCUGUGCCCGCGUGGCGCAGCGCAUGGCUUCGCGCGACGUGGAAGCGGCACUCAAGGCGCGUGUGGUGGAGCUCGAGGAGCAGGCACGCGAGCGGCCGCGAAGCGGCAGCUACCCCCAUUUCGCCCUCACUACUUGCCGGCCGUCCACGCAGGCGGCGGCGCUAAGUGCACGGGUGGGAGAGCAGCGGAGGGCGGUGCCGGCGUGGGCGGUGCAGCGGCUGGAGGAGGGGCAGGCAAGCGAGCUCUCUCAGUUGCUUGCGCUGGGCAACGCAACGGACGAGGCGCUGCUCGGCGGAGGCAUCGGUGAUGCGACGCUCGUGGCGCCCAGCCUACUCGAGGAGCGCUCGCGGUGCGAGGCGGCGCGCGAUCGCGCGGGCGGCUCGGCGCUCGCGGUGGACAAAGCGCUCGAGGACGCCGUGCGCCUGCAGCAGCAGCUCUCCGCCGCACUCGCGCUGCCAGUCACAUCGGUCGACGAGGCGAUCGCCGGCAAGGAGAACGAGGGGGGUGGCAAGACGAUCUCGGCGGUGCAGCGCGGCCUGCAGCUGCAGAAGCUGCCGCCGGCGAAACGCGCGCGUGUUUGA